GAUUGGUUCUUUAGACCGGGUCUCUUUCACCGCCUUUCUUCCUCUUAUUUUUUUUCUUUUCUUUUUUUUUUCCCUACGUGACGUCACUUCCCGCUGUCCGGUGAGGCAGCCGCCAUAUUUUUUUUCCCCCUCCGGUUACAUAUGGCGAAUAACAACGCGGCGGCCCUCGGGGGGACCCCGCAACCUACUCAGACAGGUGGUGGUGGGAACAAAUCUGCCCCCUCUGGGAAGCCCGGGAAUGUGCUGCCGCUGUGGGGCAAUGAAAAGACUAUGAACCUGAACCCCAUGAUUCUGACCAACAUCUUGUCCUCUCCAUAUUUCAAGGUGCAGCUGUAUGAGCUGAAGACCUACCAUGAGGUGGUGGACGAGAUCUAUUUUAAGGUAAAUCACGUUGAACCAUGGGAGAAAGGAAGUCGAAAAACUGCUGGACAAACCGGGAUGUGCGGGGGGGUACGUGGUGUUGGCACAGGGGGCAUUGUAUCGACCGCCUUCUGUCUCCUCUAUAAACUGUUCACCCUGAAGUUGACAAGAAAACAAGUAAUGGGCCUCAUCACGCACACAGACUCCCCUUACAUUAGGGCACUUGGGUUCAUGUACAUAAGGUACACACAACCCCCUACUGACUUAUGGGACUGGUAUGAAGACUUUCUCGAUGACGAAGAGGACCUGGAUGUGAAAGCUGGCGGAGGCUGCGUGAUGACAAUAGGAGAGAUGUUACGUUCAUUCCUUACCAAGCUGGAAUGGUUCUCUACUCUGUUCCCAAGAAUCCCUGUCCCAGUGCAAAAACACAUAGACCAGCAGAUUAAGAGCAAACCAAGAAAGGUCAAGGAGAAAGCUGCGGAGGAAGUAGAGGAAGUUCAGCGUCAUGUGGAGAGGAGACGGUCCAGGUCUCCGAAAAGGUCCGCAAGUCCUCGAAGGUCUCCCAGGAGAUCAAGGAGCAGAAGCCAUCAUAGGGAACAUCACGGAACAACAAGUUUUGACAGGGAAUUAGAGCGAGAAAGAGAACGACAGCGGGUAGAACGCGAAUCCAAAGACAAACGACGAUCGCGAAGCAAUGAACGUAGACGAAGCAAAAGUCGAGAGAGGCACAGGACUAGGAGUCGGAGCAGAGACCGCAAGACAGAGCGCAGAGACAAGGACAGAGAAAAAGAAAACGAGAGAAGCAGAAAGCGGGACCACGAGAAAAAGGGCAACUGCAGGGAAAAGGAUAUGGAGAGACCCAGAGAGCGUUCCAAAGAGCGCAAGAGGAGUGAGGAAAAGAAAGAUCGAGAGGAGCGACGGCACAGAGAGGACAGAGAAUCGCGUAAGGAAAGAAGACACAGCCGGAGUAGGAGCAAAGAACGGAAGCAGAGAAAGAGUAGGAGCCCCAGCAAAAACGCCCGCGGGAGGAGCCGAAGCAAAGAAAAAUCAAACAGGCAGAAAGAUAAACCGAACAAACGUAGUAGAAGCAGUAGCCACGGGCGGGCGGACAGCGCAGAGAAGUCACGAAAGAGAGAACAAAGCUCAAGUAGGGAGAGGCCGCGGAAGAGAAGUCGUAGUAAAGACAGAGGCCACAAACGCGAGUACGACAGCAAGGACCACGACCGUCACAGCUCUGACAAUGAGGAGAAGCAAAGAGUCAAAGAUGACGCUCUGUGAUAGUUCAACAAAUGGAUCACAUUGAAUCCUAUUUUGUUUUUUUGUUUUGUUUUUUUCCCUAAAGUUCUACCCUGUUCCGUAGCACUCGUUUUUGUUCUGUUCUAAACAAGUUGCGAUAUCACUUGUAUGUAGGGAAGUGCCUUUUUUUGGAAGCCUCCUGUAAUUUUGGACAGUACUUCUACCUUCCCUACAUUCGCUGAAGCUCUCAUGAAGCCACCGUUGCGUUCUUAUCAGUUCAGUGUUCCUGACAACCCACAGACUUGUACUUGGAAAUGCCCUGAUGUUUUAAUUCUUUUUUUUUUUCUGGCACAAUAAACCUGCUGGUCCAGUUUGUAAGCGGCAUUAAAUUUGUCACUUUUCUCAUCCCGAUGCUCGUGAGGUCAUGGUUUACCUCCUGACGCUGCGUGCAUGGCUUAGCUGACAUUUCGAUAGAAUGGCUCUUUGUGGGGUUUAUGUUUUUUUUUUUUUAUUUUGUUGUUUUUUGUUUUUUUUUUGUUUUUUUUCUAAACUGAUAUGAUUGCAAAUAUAACAUUUAAUUUUGUGUCAUUGUCUAAUUGUAAACAAUUUUUAAAAAAUACAUU